AUGGCAUCAACGGGUCAACCUAAUACUUUCCAGCCCAAUGAGGCUCAAGUAAACGAGCACAAUAAGAAGCAAGCCGAUGACGUGAAGCCUCCCGUGGAGACGGAACAAGGUGAAGAGCCUGUCCAAAAGAGUAAUGGUAAUGUAAAAGGUAAUGGCAACGUCAAUGGCCAUGCCAAAAAUGAAGAGCCACCAGAGAUUCUGGAAGUUCCAGAAGGCUUGGAUAGAGAACCAACGACCGAUGAUAAGAGUUCAAAAGGCUCCUCCACUGCUAAAGGAGGCAAAAGGAAGAAGAUAAGUCUUAGAGAUAAUGCUACUUUCAGCUGGCGAGAUGUUGGUGGCUGGGAUGCAAGUGCCACCGACAAUGAAGUGAAAUCCGAGGUUACGAAACUCUUGAAGCAAAUUGAAUAUUAUGUUGUUGAUCAUUUCUAUGGAGAUUUGUAUUGGAACACGUCACUUAUGUUUGGUACAUGUUUCUUUGCUUGGUUAGUGGCCAGAUUAGGAGGGGGAUUCCUUUCAUUGGGUUUGGUGUUGUUGGUUACGAAUUCCGUCUACAGAGUUGAAUUCCGUAGAUUCAACCGUAACGUGAGAGAUGAUAUGCAAAGAGUAGCUGCUAGUAAUAGACUUGAAACCUCUUUGGAGAGCAUGGAAUGGAUGAACUCGUUUUUGGCCAAGUUUUGGGUCAUUUACAUGCCUGCUUUAUCUGAGCAAGUGAUUUAUAUUGCCAAUGAAGUGUUGAAGGACCAAGCUCCAGGAUUUGGGAUUGAAAAAUUAUCAUUGGACGAAUUCACUUUGGGUACCAAGGCCCCCAGAGUUGAUUCUGUUCAAUCUUUCACCAAAAAGGGUCAAGACCAUAUUGAAAUGAUUUGGAAGUUCUCAUUUGCACCCAACGAUACUGAUGAUAUGACUAAGAAUGAAAUCAAGAGAAAGAUUGAUCCUAAGGUUGCACUUGGGGUCACUGUAGGUAAGGCCUUCAUCUCCAAGUCGAUGCCUAUUUUGGUUGAGGAUAUGUCUUUAAAGGGAAGAAUGAGAGUGACGUUGAAGUUAACUGAUACUUUCCCCCAUGUUAAAUUGGUAUCGAUUCAAUUCUUGGAAGCUCCUCAAAUUGACUAUAAAUUGAAACCAGUGGGUGGUGAUACUUUGGGUAUUGAUGUUAUGUCUUUUAUUCCCGGAUUAUCUUCAUUGGUUAAAAGUAUUAUUCAUGCCAAUUUGGGGCCCAUGUUAUAUGCUCCUAAUUCCUUGGACAUUGAUGUGGAAGAUAUGGUUGCCCAACAGUCAAAUGAUUCUAAUGGGAUCUUAGCUGUGACCAUUAAACGUAUGACCAAUUUGAAAGUAAGCUCCGAAGACGCUUCUAAGAAGCUAACCAUAAAUCCGUAUUUGGAACUUAAUCUUCUGAACAACACAAACGAAGAUGCCACUCAAAGAACAUUUAUUAAGAAAGACACAGACAACCCCGUAUUUUUGGAAACAAAGUUCUUGUUGGUUAAUCAAUUGGAGAACAACUUUUUGAAGUUGUCAGCAUACAAUUUGCUUCCCGAUAAGAAGGACGACGAGAUUAUUGGUGCUACAGAUUUUGGUUUGGAAACCUUAUUACAAAACCCUACCCAUACGGGCUUAACAAAGUCACUUAUUGAAGGGGGGAAAACUGUCGGGAAGGUUGAAAUGGAUGUCAGAUACUAUCCAGCCGUACCACCAUUGAUUUUGGACGAUGGAACAAAGGAAAUAGUCACUGACUCCGAAAUUGGGAUCAUGAAGAUCACGUUACACGAAGCCAGAAAGUUGGAUACCUCCAGAUCCAGUUAUGGGCUAUUGAAUCCUUAUGCAUUGAUUGUUGUUAAUGGUGUGGUGGUUAAACAAUGCCGUAUGCUUCGGAAAACCAAUGAACCUUCCUGGGAUCAAACCAUCGAAGCCUUUGUCACCCGGCAAUCGGAAACGUUUGUGGAAAUUGUCAUUAAAGACGCUGCUGAAGAUAUCAGAGUCGGGGAAUUAAAUUCCAACUUGCAAGAUCUUAUUUUUGAAACCAGCAGAGGCCAAAAAUGGUUUAAAUGUCCUAAAGAGUCUGAACAUGGAGAAAACCCUGAAAUCAGAGUGACGGCCACUUGGAAGUCACUUCCUAUGAUGAAUGAUGGUGUCAUAGAUACUCCAUUCCAAUUACCUAUUGGAGGUCUUAGAUUGCAUUUGAGAGAUGCAACUGACUUGAUCAACUUGGAGUCUGUGGGUGAAGUCGAUCCGUAUGUGAGAGUAUUGAUAGAUGGUAAGUUGGUUGGUAAGACUGCCAUUCUUGAUAAUACUGUGAAUCCUAUUUUCAACUCUGUUUUGUUCUUGCCGGUUUCCAACGAGAACCAACAUGUGUUGUUGGAGAUUAUGGAUCAAGAGGUUGAAACUAAGGACAGAUCGUUGGGUACAGCAGCUGUUCACGUCAAUGAUUUCCUCAAGAGGAACAAGGAAGGUUUCUUAUUGGGCUACGAUGGUUCAGAUAAGGUGCUUGAACAAGAAAUUUCGUACCAGGGCAAAUCAAAGGGGGUUCUCAAAUACUCUGUAUCGUUCAUUCCUACUAUUCCUGUGAUGUCUCAAUCCGAAUUAGAUAUUCUGAAGGAUAAGGCCGUCUUGGAACGGACAAGAAAGAUGAAGGAAUUAAGGGAGAAAGAAGAUAAUGAAGAAUUGAUGCGUAAGUUCCCUGACACUUAUGAAUUGGUUGAGGUUGAUGAUGCUAAGAUCGUCUCUACCAGUGAUAAGGUUCAUAUGCCCUUGGAGAAGGCACUUCAGUAUAAUGCUGGUGCUAUGGUGGUGCACAUUCUUGGUGGUCAUCUCUCCAGACCGGGGUUACUUAUUCAUACCAUUUUUGAUGAUCAUACGCAACCAGCAGGGCUAAGUCCUAGAAACUUGACCAAAGAUGUUAGUUCUCCAUCGUUUGCUAAGGCCUUUAUCAGAGACUUACAAUAUUCCAAACUUAUAUUCAGAUUAUCAGACAAGAUGGAUGUCACUCAUACCAAGCAAGUUGUUGCUGAACGAGAAUUCAAGACCAUUAACCUUUUGAAGGAGUCCUAUGACAAGCCCAUCACCGUUAAAAUGGAUAAAGGUAAUUCAAUUCAAAUUAGACUUGAAUUUGCUCCUACCCCAGCUAAGUUGGCACCACUAGACACUGUUUUGGACGUUGGAAUCGUCAAGUUGGAAGUCAUUUCUGCAGAGAACUUGAAGGCUGUUGAUUCCAACGGUAAGUCUGACCCAUUGGCAACGAUUAAAGUAGAUGGUGUUGAAGUAUUGCGUACUGAUAAGAAGAGAAAGAACUUGAACCCUACGUGGAAUGAAUCAGCAGUGUUCCCACUUUUAUCAAGAUCGAGAGAUAUAGUCUUGUUAGAAGUUUGUGAUUGGGAUUUGACCCAUGAUGAAGAACUAUUGGGCUCAGCCAAUUUGGACUUAACUUCACUCCCUCCAAACCAACCCACAGAGUUCAAGGUGAACUUGAACACUCAAGGUACGGUGAAUUUGAGAGCCACAUUCCAGCCUCAAUACAUAAGACCGCUGUUGAACAAUAAGAGUGGAUUACCUUUGGAUCUUAAGGGGGUCGCAGGUAAACCACUCGAACUUGCAGGUGCUGUCGGAGGUGUUGGUGCUGCUGGUGUUGGUGCUGUUGGAGAAGUUGCGACCGGAGGCCUUGAAGUUGCUGGUAAUGCUGCCAAAUCAGGAGUAGAAGCCGUGGGGUCUGCUGUUGAUAAGGUUGGGUCAGCAUUUAAGUUUGGACGUAGUAAGAAGUCAAAGUCCAAUGAUGACAAUGACACUAGCAGUGAAUCUUCCGGGGCAUUGGAAAGUAAAGCAGCUGUUGCUGCUAUUGCUGCUCCUGCUAUUGCUGCUGAUACUACUACAAGUGAAAAGAGCAGCGUGCACACUGGAUCACCGUCCAAGUCAACAGCAGAUGUUACUACUGAUUCUUCGUAUCUUCCUCCACCACCCAAGUCACGUAUUGGACAAUUGAGAUCUUCAGGCGAUUAUGUUCGUGGUCACAGCAGAUCAUCUUCGUCCCAAACCGAUGCUUCAUCCAUUGCACCCAGUAUAAAUGGUUCUGAUCCUAUUCCUGGUCGGAUCACCAUUAUUCUGGCCAAGGGCUUUGAUGCCUCUUCAAUAUUUGUCAAGACACAUUUGAAGACCUCAUCAAGAGAGAAAGAAAUAAGUAAGACCAGAACUGCUAAGAAGAACAAAGAAGAUGGUUCUUAUUCGUGGAGUGAAAGUUGUCCCUUUAGGUCUACAUCUUCUGGGGAACUUUUGAUUACUGUUAAAGAACACCAUACUCUAGGUAAAGAUCAUGAAUUGGGUACGGCUACCAUUCAAUUGACUGAAAUUGCUGGUAGAAUUGAUGAUCUUCAGUUACCUAUUGGGGACGGGGAGUUACUUGUGAACGUCAGAUACGGAGCAUAG